GGUGAUUGCAAUUGUCGCUUGACAUUCGGUUCAAUGUCAAAACUGACAGAUUUGGUUAUGUGUGUCGGUGUGGGUGCGAUGAAAUUGUAAACAUUCCAAAAUGCCCAGUUCUCUCCUUUUUGGCAUAAACAGCGAGGGGCGCGUUCACACCCUCUCCACUACGGGGACAAUGUGGCGCGAAAUUCCUUACGCUGGUCAAGAAUUUAAAAAAUUGUCGGCUGUUCCGCACUUCCUUUGGGCCUUAGGAGGCGACCACCAAAUCUACGUGUACGUCCACGGUCUCGACAUUCCCAUCCGGGUCCGAGAGGAGUCCUACGAGAACGAGAGGUGGCUUCCAAUUGAAGGAUUUUCCUCGCGUCUUUUACCAACAGAUCGCUAUCAUUUUUCGAAUGGUGACGGUACUGUUGAUCGCUCAAUUGAUAAAAUCAGGUUGCCUUCAAUGGCCUGGCAAUGGGAGGGGGAUUGGCAGCUGGAGUUGACUCUUGAUGGACAGCCCCUAGACCACCAAGGGUGGACUUAUGCUGUUGAUUUCCCGUCACAAUAUUACUCCAAGAAGCAGUGGAAGAGCUGUGUCAGGCGGAGACUGUGGGUGAGGUCGCGCAGGUACAGCGCGAUGAAUUCGUGGUGCGCGAUAGCCCCCUUACACAAGGACGCUACAAGUGAGCCAUUCAUUGACAUAUCAAUCGGGGGGCAAUCGGUGGCGGGGGCUGAGCCCGGGACUAUGCUAGUUUGGGCUGUAACUUCACACAACCGGGUCAUGUUUCGAACUGGCGUUAGUACGAAAUCCCCCGAAGGCGCCCGCUGGAACCCCAUCCAAGUGCCUCUCGGCAGCGAAGUCAACCAAAUCAACGUGGGCCCCACGGGGCUAGUUUGGGCUUCGCUCCUCGACGGGCGCGCCCUUGUCCGUACCGGAGUCACGCGUGAUUGUCUCACGGGUGACUCGUGGGUGGAAGUGCGGGGCCCCGGAGAUAAUCUCAAAAUAAGCCAGCUUUCGGUGGGCAGUUGUGCCGUUUGGGCAAUCACCCAAAACAAGCAAGUCUGGUUUAGGAAAGGGGUCAAAGGCGAGGGUGCUGGCAUGAGCGAGGAGUUGGCUGUUGGGUGUGGAUGGGUGGAAAUGGUCGGACGGAUGGCACAGAUUAGUGUUGCCGCCAAUGACCAGGUCUUCGCAGUGGGGGCUGAUGAUCGCCUCGUUUAUUAUCGGAGCGGAGUGGCCAACUCGGAUUUGACGGGGAAGAGGUGGAAGGCACUGCAUGCACCCUUGCAAGUCAGUAGGGCGAGCAGUAAUGCGAGUCUUAAUAGAGAUAAGUUUCAUCGCAGCUUUAACGCUUUGCAGAGCCGCCCUAGCAGCAUGUGCGAGCCGUCUACGAUUUCGGAAUGGGAGGACCACUCCCACUCCGCCCCCACAGCCCCCACGUCCCUCCCCGUGGGCGACCUAACCCAAAAAUUUGAAACACAACCAAAGAACCCCAAAGCUUGGAGUCCCGUCCAUUCGGUGGGCUCCAUUGUCGGUACCGAAGUCCACCCAGAAGUGGACGAAAGUGUCUGGAGUGACGGAAGUCGCGAAUCGUGUAUUUUCGCCGAAGACGAAGAAUUAGGUUGGGCGGAGUAUGAAGCACCCUGGUCGUGGGUAGAGGCGGGCGCUUGUACCGUCGAUCCCACCCAACUUCCUAAUUGGUUCGCCGAAACCGGAGGCGGUGCUAGUCAAACCGAAAUCGGUGAACCAUGGCGUUUGAAAAUCUUACAAGAAUUAAAACUGCGACUACCCACUGAAAAGUACAAGAAUUGGCAAUUGGCCGUUGAUACAACAUCGUGGGUGCAUUCAGGGGAGGCGCGUGUGAGUUGGGGGAGUGGCCAGUUUGUUGAUUGUGUGCUACAGUUGGAGUGGGUGCAGACCACUGGGACUUUAACUGUGUUAAAUCCGGAUGGGGCGAGUACUAUGAAUCUUUUCAGUUUGAAUGACAUCACGUGUGUCCAAUGUUGUAGCGAGCCGGGGAGUCCUCGGCUCGCGCUUCAUGUGCCACGCCACGCCCCUUCAUUACUGAGGUUACAGUUUAGUAGUGACGCCCAGUUGGAGGAGUGGCAAACGCAUUUUGCGACCACUUGUGGCAAAUUGCAUCAAGCGUUAGGAAAACCGAGUGAGGAGAGUGUGUGGGCGGUUACGGGUUUAGGGGAUGUGUUUAUUUGGGACCCCACCCAACUCGAAUCGAACCAAUUGCGGGAGAAUGAUUAUUAUGUACAAAAGUUUGACUUGAGUGGGAAAGAAUCGCCGAUUAAAGUUGCGCUUCAUGGGAGUUUUAAUCCCGGGACAACGCUAACUUUAACUGGGUGUAUAGGGGAUGAUGCGGACCGAAUUGGAAUUAAUUUGGACGCCCACUCGACUUAUAAAUUGCGGCAUAAAGCCUACAGCGAGUUUGAAAAUACUUGUCUUCAUUUCAACCCGAGGUUUACUGAUGGUUACAUUGUGCGUAAUUCUAUGAUUGAAGGCAAGUGGGGGAAGGAGGAGUGUGAGGGGGAAAUGCCGUUGCAAAAAGGGCACGAAUUCACCCUCAAAAUCGAGACAACAGAAGACGCCUUUGUUAUUUACAUCGAUGAUAAGCUCUUUACGCAUUAUAGGCACCGCCUACCGCCAAAUUCAGUCUCGAUGUUGAACAUUUGGGGGCGUUUACAACCAUUCCGAUUGGUUAUCAAGUGUCCUGAUAUUAUUCUCGACCCGUUAAAUUUGUAUUGGAGGCAAGUGGGUGGGCACUUGAGGCGUGUCGAAUCAUGUCGAGUGGGCGUAACUUGGGGCAUAGGGUACGACCACACGGCGUGGGUGUACACCGGUGGGUGGGGCGGUGGUUUUUUGGGACCUUUGGACAGUCAUAAUGUUCAUCCUAUGACUGAUUCGCAAGAUUAUCGCGUUUACGAAAACCAAAGAUGGAAUCCUGUCACUGGAUACACUUCAGCAGGGUUACCAACUGAUCGUUACAUGUGGAGCGAUGCCACUGGCAAACAAAAAAGAACCAGAGAUCAAGUGAAACUCCUGUCGGUGAAAUGGCAGUGGGUUUCCGAUUGGAUGAUUGAUUUUCACGUGCCAGGGGGCGUGGACAGGGACGGCUGGCAGUAUGCGGUUGAUUUUCCGAGUACUUACCAUGCCCAUAAAAAUUUCACCGAUUAUGUGAGGCGGAGGCGGUGGUAUAGGCGGUGUGCUGUUGCCACAACCGGGCCCUGGCAAGAAUUAGGCCACACCAAAUUGAUUGAUGUGUCAUUGGAGCCAGUCAAAGAUGAUUUGGAUAGUGUCAUAUCGGUGUGGGCGUUGGCUUCAGGAGGCCAAGCCAUGUUCCGGACUGGAGUCACGAGAUCAAAUCCUACAGGAACAGGAUGGGAACAUGUCACCUCCGACCAACCACUUGCCAGUAUCAGUUGUGGGUCCUACAACCUGGUUUGGGCCACUGGCAAAAAAGGGUGUGCCUAUUGGAGGGCGGGAAUUAACGAAAAUAAGCUCGAAGGGGAGAGGUGGGUGUGUGUGGAACCUCCCAACGGUGGGCAACUGAAGCAAAUUUCGGUGAACUGUGUUGGGGUUUGGGGGGUUGAUCAUUUAGGGAGGUUGCAUGUGAGGAGGGAAGUGACGGAGACGUUUCCCGAAGGAACGCAUUGGCAAACGAUAACAGUCGAUCCGCUUGUACUUAAUUCAGCUCCGAGUACAACCGGAUUUAAACAUGUAAGUGUUGGGAGAAAUGAAGUAUGGGCUACGACCGAUGGUGGCGCCAUGCUACGACGUACGGGCAUUUGUAAAACUAACCCGGGAGGAUCGGGAUGGUUUAUCGGAAUACCGGGGAACUGGCAACAUGUCAGCGUCCGGGCAUUUAACUAAGUGCUAAAAUGUGAUUUUAUUUUUUUUAACCAGCUUUAUUUCUGUGAUAGUUUUAUUUGAAAGAAAAGGCAAGCUUAACUCAUAAAUUAUUUUAUAUUAUUUUUUGUUGUAAUUAUAAACAUUCCAUAUAAACCCAACACAUAUAAACAAUAAACUGUUACAAAAAAUUAACUAAA